CCCAUAAGACUCUACAAGCCCGAACAAUAAAGCCCAUGUGAUAAACCCAUUACCGAGUAAAACUUUAUUCUAUCUGAAACCUAGACCAAAUCCCAACUUCAACACAAUAUGUACAUAUAUCAUUUGUAGACAUUAGGGUUUAACGCACCCUUUUUUUUAGCAACCAGUAAAUUAUCGAAGCCAUGACUAAUACUAAUGUUUCUGCUACUAAGUCUACUGAAACAGUCUUCCAUGAAUCUCCUAGCCUCCUCCGUCUCUGGUGGAUGAACUCGAAUGUACGAUAUGACAUUGCGAUGAACAGCUUCAUUAUAAUCCUCAACAUUGCAGCGAUCAUGUAUAUAAAAUUUAACAAGAUCCCCUUAAACGAAGGUGUAAUUGCAUUUCUGGCAUUUAUCGCUUUUUUCUAUUUCAUUUUCGGCCUAAUAAGUUGCUUAGUAUGGAUUUCGGGAAUCAAGGAUUCUUCACAAUGCAAAGAUGCCUACAUCAUAGGACGCAUCUGUCAUAACUUAGGCUUUGUUAUUUUCCUCCACCUCUGUUAUUGUAUCUCUACCCGUUUGGCUCUAUUCGUUGGUCUACUCUUUGGUCUACCUUGUUGGCUAUGGUAUGCAAAUGCCAUGUUUGGACCGACUCUAUGCAAAGAAAUGGAAGCACAACGAGAUUGGUGGAAGUUUGUGAGUCAACCUCAAUCAGUUGCUGUUAAAUUUAAUUGAGUUUGAAAGAAUUCAAUUUUAAUGCCUAAUAAGUCGCAGAUAUGAUAUUAAAGUUUGUUAGGGUGUUUUUUU